AUGGCGCGCAGUAGCACACUCCGCCGCAAUCCCAAAGAAUACGGGGACGUCAAUCCACUGGACGACGACUCGCUUGACGAUGCAGGAUCGGACACCGUCAUUCUGAAAGUAGAAAUCACCACAUCAUCGCCGACGCUUUCCCUCUCCAACCCAGAUGACAACUUCCGUCUAAUUCUCUCCGUACGCGUCUUCGCCUCUCCGAGAGCGUCCGCCCCUAUAACUAUCGCGACUGGUCGCACUGCACUGGAUGUAGAUUCAUACAUUCGUGGGGCGUUCCGCCUUGAGUGUAUCACCGAUCCAAGCAAAUCCAUCGCACUAUCCACAACCACACAACCACACUACGCUCGUACAGAGACAGCGAACAAAGAUCUGGAGGAGAUCGAAUGGUUGAAGUUCGUCACUGUCCCCCCAAAGAACGCUGGCGUACUUCUGAUAGAACACCCCCUUCCCUUGGAGCGAAUGCUGAGCCGCGAGCCCACAGUCAAGUGCGAGGAUUUGACACCGGGGUUGAAGUACCGUGUCUGGACGGAUGAACGCAUUCUCAACGACGUUGCGACCUCGUAUUGGGGGGGAUUGGAUGGAGAGUUGAAGGAUAAGAAGUUGUCAGAUAAGCGCGAAGAUGAGACAUUACAGUUAGACCGGGAGGCACUCGAAGCUGACAAUUGGGUUCUUGAUCAAGGCGGGGUCAUUGUCAGAGGCAAUGUAGGCAAGCAUGGCCCUGUAUUUGAAUUAGUGGAGUGA